AUGGGGAGUCUCCUGCAGUUGCUGCAAAGACCCCGGCGUCAAUUAAGUCGGUCACUUUUGCAGCCAUCGUUGCGCUGUGUCUCUCCUCUCAGCAGUGUUGCUGCUCAGUCUUCCGACCCGUCCCCAUCAGAGCUUCUACGUGCUACACUCUUAGGGUCGGUCACGUCCAAGACCAACAAUAAAACUAAUGACGAAAAAAGCCGCCGGGUUCUUGAACUGCUUGACUUUCAAUGGCAACGCGGUAGUCCUCCUCCGUCAUUAUGGUACGCUCUAAAGGGCGUUUCGCCUGCCGCCUAUACACAGGGCCAGAGCCGGCUUCUCUCAAUUGCAACUCUAUCUUCCCUUCGAGACGUGACAGAAAGACUCGCCGUGAAUGACCAGGGAUCCGACUUAUUACAAGCAAAUUUAAAGACGAUUAUUUUGCGCUGCCGUACAAAACAUCCGUCUACGGAAGUUCUCUCAACUUUGGGAGAUAUCGUUGUGAGGCUUCAGCGACUAAAACUCUUGAUUGACCCCACGCUCUACGAACUCGGAAUGUACAUCGCUGCUCAAAAUCUUUCGUCUGAAGCAUUUUACCGAUUCUUCACAGGUCUCCUUGAGUUGAACCCUGGCCAGUUGCACGUCGAAAAUGGCUUUGAAAUUGUUGAAGCUUUAUACGAAACUGUUCGCCAAGAGCUGUUCGAAACCCCACAUUAUGACACCACACAUAUUCUUGCUGAGAUCACCGGUGAAUACGAUGCUAUGUCGGAGAGUGGUCAUGUCAGAUUCCAUGAUAUACUCCGCUCAAAGCUCAAGGACGACCGACAUUUGACUAGCUGGACCAAUUAUCUCUGCUUAUUAUCCAGACUUCAAAGCGGCGAGCCUUUAAUCAAAUUAUGGAACGAUUUCCUAGACACAUUUCCGGAAGAGAGCCAGGAGACUUUGCACUCGAUGUACAACGUCGUCCUAGAUUUAGUGCGGGCCAGGCGUUCGGAAACGGCUGCUAAAUUCCUUGAAGGCAUUUCGAUCCGCAAUGGAGAUAACCUGCCACAUAUUGCAACUUUCCAAUCUUUACAAGAAAUACUUGACGACUCUUUUAUCUGCGAAACUUUGGCAGAUAUUGCAGGCGAUCAAUAUGAUGCACUGCUCGAGGUUGCCUUCAAACACGUGGAACAACGACUAGGAAUCCGAUGGGAGAAAGCUCAACAACCGGAAAACGAGGCCCAUAUCAGCAUCACCGCGGACUCGCCAUGGUCAGUAUUCGAAGACCAUCCCCUUCUGACAAUCGACGGCGAUUGUGCCGGCUAUGACGACCCAAGUCGGCUGUAUGCUGAGCUUCAAGCCUCGGGCUGUUCUCGCUCACCAAACCAACUGGGCCAAAUUGUGGAACUACUUCACGACAAUGAUGGCAUUGGACUCGAAGUCGUUCCAGACGGCGUUAGUGAAAUUGAUAUACCAGAACUUCGAUGGUGUCCUCGACAUUCGCCUGUUAAAUUCUCGCACGCUGAGCUCCCACCCAUGUCAGACCGCUCCCGAGAAUGGACACCGGCAUCACUUGGACUAAUAUGGGUUCGUCCUCUUAUCAACGGCGUGCCUCGGCCAAGAGGAAAGUCUUUUCAUCUCAUGCAGCUGGGUUCCCUGGAUAUGCGGAGCGGGCCACAUGAGGCGUGGCAGCCAUCGGGUUACCUUGUCGGCUGGGACCGUCAAUCUGGGCAUAUGAGUGCAGUAUUUGUUGGGACAGAUCGCGAAGUUAUCGACCGCGGUCCCAUGCCAUCAGAUGCUCCAUUUGGAACUCUGCUACGUAUUCGGCCCUCUCAUAUGCCAGACUCUGGUCUUUGGAGCUCCGUGGAUCCGUUCCACUUGGAUCUGGACCCAUGCCUAGACCUAGGCUUUCGAUAG